AUGCCGCUACAAAGACAGCCGGUACUCCAAAUCAACAGCAAGAACUUAAAGAAGAGCCAUCCAAACGCUAGCCAAUGGGACCGUCAAAUCGGCUUUCACAAAACCAACAUCGAGGCACUGGUUGGACAAGCCGUUGGGGGACUCCUGGAUGAGACCAACUGCUGUGAUAACUGUGCUAAGCUGGAUGGCAAGUUUGCCAACUGUGUGCGGGUGCCUAGAAUAACAGCAUGUCCAAACUGCCACUUCGACCGACAGGGUAUAAGGUGCAGCUUCACAAAAGCAGAAAAGAAAGCCAACGAGCCGAUGCCGAGGAAGCGAACCCUUAAGGUCAUGCUGGAAGAGAUAAGCGACAUUUACGAUCUUAAAUGGAAGAGAUUCAGGAGGGGCGAAGCCCUUGGAGCCAUCAUUACCGAAAAACGCGAGCUAGCGAGGGCUAUUAUGGCAGAAGCUGAAGAGGUUGGGUACAUUUAA